GUCACGUUUCAAUCGUGUACUUCAUUCCAGUAAACGAUUGAAAAGGAAGUAGACUUCUGCAGGGAAAGCGCAUUUGUACCUUGUCCAUUCUACAGUUUUAUUUCGUUUCACGACCACCGGAAAAUAAUCUAUAGAAUGGCGGAGAAGGUGCUGGUCACAGGCGGUGCAGGCUACAUUGGGAGUCACUGCAUAGUGGAGCUUAUUGAAGCAGGCUACAAGCCCAUUGUGGUUGAUAAUUUCAGCAAUGCUGUGAGAGGAGAAGGAAGUGUGCCGGAGUGUUUACGUAGAAUAGAGAAGCUUCUGAACACCAGCAUUGAGUUUCAUGAACUCGACCUUCUGGACAGAGCCUCCCUGGAAGAAGUCUUCAAAAAGCAUUCGUUCAGCGCCGUGAUACACUUUGCUGGCCUGAAGGCUGUUGGAGAGUCGGUGCAGCAGCCAUUACGUUACUACAAGGUCAACCUUACCGCCUCCAUGAACCUAAUUGAGGUGAUGCAAGCACACGGCGUGCACAAUCUGGUGUUCAGCAGCUCGGCCACUGUGUACGGAGACCCUGUGCUUUUGCCCAUCACCGAGCAGCACCCUGUCGGCAACUGUACCAACCCUUAUGGCAGGACCAAGUACUUCAUUGAGGAGAUGAUCAAGGACCACUGUAAGGCCGACAAGAGGUGGAAUUCUAUAUUGCUGCGUUAUUUCAACCCCAUCGGUGCUCAUUCCUCUGGCCUCAUUGGAGAGGACCCUCAGGGCAUUCCCAACAAUUUACUACCAUACAUCGCCCAGGUUGCUGUUGGGAGAAGGAAGUGCCUCAGUGUAUUUGGAAAUGACUAUGACACACUGGAUGGAACAGGUGUGAGAGAUUAUAUUCAUGUUGUCGAUUUAGCAAAGGGACACAUAGCCGCGCUGAAGAAGCUGAAGGACAACUGUGGGUGCAAGGUUUACAACCUCGGAACGGGAGUAGGUUACUCCGUGCUCCAGAUGGUAAAUGCGAUGAAGAAGGCAUCAGGGAAGGAGAUUUCCUACAAGAUUGUCCCUCGUCGAGACGGAGAUGCAGCAUGCUGUUAUGCUGACCCUGCCCUGGCUGAGAAGGAGCUUGGCUGGAAGUCUGAAUUUGAAUUGGAAAGAAUGUGUGAGGAUCUUUGGCGCUGGCAGUCCAUGAACCCCAUCGGAUAUUCCAAAGAGGGAGCUUGACGACACCGUUCCAGAUUUUUUUUUUGAACUUCUGCUAUAUCAAAGGACACUUAAUUUUUUUCAUAAUUGAGGGGAAUAUGAAUACUUUGUGCUCAAUAAUAUAUUUAAUCUAUUGAAAAGGGAAUUCAAUCAUGUGAUGCCUGAAAUGGGUGUUUAAACUAAACUCUAAACACCUUAGUAUGAGAUGGUUGAAAAUGUUUCGGUCAAAAUGUAUAAUUUAACGUUAUAACGGCAUAUCUGUGAUUGAAUGCACAUUCAUACUGGUCUUAAAAUUAUUCUGCCAUAUCGCAAUAAUUGUGAAGUGUGAAAUUCCAACUACUGCUGUAUUUGCAAAGUGAUGGAAUCCCAUCACUUUUAAAGCAUUGUUGUGAAAUGCAUAUUUUAUCCG